AUGGAGUAUCCCAAGUUUCUCGCCUUGUAUUAUUACCUUGACAGCAAACAAUAUCCACGCGAAGCAACUGAAUCGGAUAAAAGGCGUAUUCGUGAUCAAGCGCGCAAAUACAAGGCAUACCAUGGGAGCAUCUUUCGUAAGACUGGGGUUGAAGGUGAACUUGGUCCUGAAUUACUACACGAAGGCAACGUUGACGAGCUGGUAGCCAAGGUCCAUGCAGAAGGUCAUUUCGGUUAUCGCAACACAUUGGCAAAGGUGAAGUUGCAAUACACAGCACCCAAGUUAUCAUCCAAGGUCAAGGAGAUUGUCAAAACCUGCCGCACUUGCCAACUUAGAAGGAAGAAGCCACAUGCACGUACCACCUUUGCAAAACCCAUACCUGUACCUAGCGGUCCUCACGAUUAUUUCGAUUCGAGUUUUUGGUGUAAUCGUGCGAUUAUUCAAAAUGUGGGAAUCGAAUCGAAUCGAAUCGAAAAAUCGAAAAAUCGAAUCGAGGCUUCAUAG